AUGUCGUCAGACGAGAAAAAGUAUGACCAGCUGAUGGAGGAGACAAAGGAGCUGACUAAAACUAUACAAGACCGGCGAGAUCUGAAGCAGCAGUUCAAACACCGCACUGACAAACUGACCCAGGAUCUGGAAGAUGACAAACGCUCCUACGGAGACCAGCUAGCCAAUGAAAAGAUCUCUCUGUUUCAUUUUCCAGUGGCAAGGAAGAUUCUGGAACUGAAGAAGCAUCAGGUGGAUCUGGGAGGAGAGUGCAGCAUCACAGUGGAGGCCAGGCCGGUUCAUCUGAUGCUGCCCAAGCUGGUGGAGAUCGACUCUGAGGUUUCUUCUCAGCGUAUUUUAGUCUCCAACCUGCCCAGAAUGGAGACCGACACUCUGCUGGACAAGCUGGAGAUCCAUUUCUCCAAAUCUAAAAAUGGAGGCGGUGAGGUGGCGGACUGUGAAUACCUGUCUGACUCUGAGACGGUGGUCCUCACGUUUGCGGAGAACAACAUUGCCAAACGUGUGGUACAAAAUGAGUUCCAUGACUUGAAUCUCCAAAAGAAGAAGCACACAGUGAGAGUGACGCCUUUCAUCAACGGGAAAAUUUCAAACCUGAAGUCCAAGAUGACGCAGUGUCCUCGGGCGGUAAUGCUGACAGGAAUACCCGACAUCAUGGAGCGGGAAACUCUGCAGGACCUGCUAGAAAUCCACUUCCAGAAAAACACCAACGGCGGGGGAGAAAUCGAA